AUUGCACAAUUUUGGGGGUUUCCGGAUUAAAUCUGGAGAGUUAAUAACCCUUCACGUGUAUUUUCGAUAUGUCUAUUGAUUUAUCACUUGUAAAGUUUACAGAUUUUGAUAAAAUAUGCCGAAUUUGUGUAAAAAAAGAUGAAAUAAUGUUUGAAAUAUUGGAGAAUCAUAUAGCUGAUAUGUUAACUACAUGCACUUCUGUACAUAUAGAUGAAAACGAUGAUUUACCAAAACACGUCUGUAAUUCUUGUUUUGGUACACUACAAAGUUUCACAAAUUUUAGACAACUCUGCGAAAAAAUUGAUGGUGAUUUACGAGAAAUAGCUAUACACCACAAAUCUAUUAAGAUUGAAAAUGAGGACGACAAGUCUGGAUUAUUACCAGAAAAUGAUUAUGAAGAUGAAAACGAAUUAAGUUACUCUCAAGAAAUUUCUGACUGUGAAAAUAAAAUCAAUGAAGCCACGCAAGAAAAACCAAGUAAACGAAACACACCUAGGCAUGUCUGUGAACUAUGUGGAAAUCGUUUUCUCAGAAUAUGGCAUUUGGGCUUACACAUGAAACGUGUUCAUAAUUCUAAAGGUGAAAAAUGUAGUAAAUGCGAUAUCAUUUGUUUUCACCCUUUACAUUUAAACCUACAUGAAAAAUCUCAUAUUGAAAAGAAGUAUUCAUGUGAUCUAUGUGAUAAAACUUUCAUACAAAAAAAUCAUUUAGAAAGUCAUAAAAUAGCUCAUUCCACGGAAAAACCUUUUCAAUGUACGCACUGUAAUAAAUAUUUUAAACGUAACUUUAUUUUAAAACAACACAUAGUUCAUAUGCACUCAAAUGCACAGAAAUAUGUUGCGUGUCAUGUUUGUGGAAAGUCAGUCGUAAAAUUAAAUUUAAAUCAACAUCUAAAAAUUCACACCGAACGAUCAAUAAUAUCAUGCGAACAAUGUUCCAAACAAUUUUAUCAUCAACAGUCAUUAGCUCAACAUAUACGUCGGGUACAUGAACACGAAGAACGUGUUUAUAAACAUUUAUGUAGUAUUUGUGGGCAAGGUGUAGCAUCUCCAGCGGAAUUAAUACGACAUCUACGUUCCCAUACUGGUGAGAAACCAUAUCAAUGUGAUCAAUGUAAAAAUAAGUAUAAAACGCCAAAAGCACUUAAGAGUCAUAUAAAUGCAGCCCACUUGGAUGUGAGACCAUUUUCUUGUUCUUUAUGUUCCCGUGCCUUUCAUACAAAAAAUAUACUUGCAAAUCAUAUGCGAACACAUACGGGUGAACGUCCGUUUCAAUGUGUUAUUUGUAAAAAGAGUUUUGGUACUAAAUCUGUGCUAAAAACGCAUAUGAAAGUUCAUAAUGCUGAUAAAUGAAUAAAUAUUUUUUGCAAUAUAUAUCGAUUGGGUCGAUACUUGACGAAAAU